AUGCUUGUCUGGGAGUUUACAAAAGUGAAGGCGUCACGACAUCCAUCAUUUGCCAUUGCGGCAACCGAAGCAUCCACGCUUUAUCCUCCACCGACUUGGUUUCCGGGAGCACAACUAAAUAUUGCACAAAACAUCCUGGAGACUCCACAUGUCGACCAACACGACUCAGAGAAGCCUGUACUCACUGGAAUCCGCGAAGCUGUUGGCGAGAUUGAACAUGUUACGCUCCCCCAACUGCGUGAUCGUAUUGGGACGCUUGCGAAUGCCCUAACACGAAUCGGUGUCGGCAAGUCCGAUCGUGUUGCAUGUAUUGGAGCCAACAGCAUCGACACUUACACGAUACUCAUGGCCACUGCGGCAGUCGGCGCCAUAUUUACUUGUUGUUCUCCUGAGUUGGGUGAGCAAGGUAUUUUGGACCGUUUCAUCCAAGUUUCGCCGAAGAUUUUGUUUGCCGACGACUGGUCCCUGUACAAUGGCAAGCGUAUUUCUUGUCGGGCCAAAGUCCAGUCAGUGGCGGGAAUCCUGAAACAAAAGGCCCAGUUACGGGCUUUGGUUUUUGUUCCACGCUUCAAUGACUCCUUCCCGGAUCAAAGCCGCGAGGGAAUCCACAGUCUCAGCACGUUCACCGCGGGGGUGUCCAAGAAGCUAAACUUCGUGCCCUUGAACUUUUCUCAUCCAUUUAUCAUUGUCUAUUCUUCCGGCACCACUGGACAGCCCAAAUGCCUCGUUCACUCUCAAGGUGGUGUGCUUAUCAAGCACAAAUUGGAACAGAUAUUGUGCAUGGAUAUGAAAAAAGAUAGUGUCUAUCUGCAGUAUUCCUCGACUAAUUGGUUUAUGCAUAUUUACGCUCUGCUUGGUCUGCUGAGCGGCGCAAGAUCCAUCUUGUAUGAUGGUUCUCCUUUCCAGCCAACCGUCCGUCGUCUCUUGAUGAUAUUAGAAGACGAAAGCGUCACUCACUUUGGUAUCAGUCCACAAUACCUUAGCCUCCUCGAGCAAGCAGGUGUCAAGAGAGAAGACGUGGCGAGUCUGAAGAAACUGAGAACCAUCACGAGCACAGGAUCUGUCCUGCAUGAAUCUCAGUUCCAUUGGGUCUACAGAACCUUCGGUUCCGUACACCUGAUGAGUAUGUCUGGUGGUACAGAUAUUGCAGGCGCAUUCGUGGGUGGUGCAUCGACUUUACCUGUGUACGCUGGCUGGUGUCAGGCUCGAACCUUGGGCAUGAAAGUCGAGGUUUAUUCUGAAGAAGGCAAAGUCAUUGAUUCCACCGGUAACCCUGGAGAACUGGUGUGCACGGCACCCUUCCCAUCAGAGCCUGUUUUCUUCUGGGGAGAUCCAGAGGGAAACCGUUACCGUGCUUCGUACUUUGAGAAGUAUCCAGGUAAAUGGUGCCAGGGAGACUUCAUCCGCCUAGAUCCCAACACACAGGGAAUCAUGUUCCUAGGCCGCAGCGACGGUGUUCUAAACCCCUCCGGAGUACGUUUUGGCAGCGCAGAAAUCUACAACUGUCUAGCUGCAUUCCAUCAAAUCGAAGACAGCCUAUGCGUGGGACGUAAGAGGCCAUCUGAUCGCGAUGAGCAGGUCUUGUUGUUUGUGAAGAUGGUCCAAGGACACCGAUUCGACCAGCAGCUGAAGACAGCCAUCGAGGUCCACAUCCGCCGGACACUCAGUGCGAGACACGUCCCUCGACUGAUAUGUGAGACUCGAGCUAUACCAAUGACCGCCACGGGCAAGAAGACUGAGGUUCCGGUGAAGAAGAUAGUGUCUGGCCAAAAGAUUACUCCGAGCUCUACCAUCGCCAAUCCCGAUUGCUUGCAAUGGUAUGAACAGUUUGCGAGGCCCGAUGAUCUGGGCAGCUUGAAGCAGACUGCAAAGCUGUGAUGUGCUAUGAUCAGGACGAUGGAGGUGGAAAUAUUCAAAUAGCACUUGUGUUGGGUUGUGUAAUAAUCAAAGAUGCCAAUAUAUGAG